UCGUUGACAGAGUCACUCUGGAAAUAAUAAACAAAAACAAAAAAGUGCAUACAUAUUCGUCGAAUUCAGAAUUCUCGCGAAUCGAUUUGUGUAAAUCUGUCUGAGCAUCAGUGCCAAACAUUUUAUGUACACUUCACUAAAUAGGACACGUCUCAAAUCUUACCCAUAUAAUGGAUAUAGUUUGUAAAAGUACUUUAGAUUGCAACCAAGGUGCUAUAAGAGCUGUUCGUUACAACGUUGAUGGCUCUUAUUGUUUAACAUGUGGCGCAGAUAAAAAAAUCAAGCUUUGGAACCCUCACUCAGGCUUGUUACUGAAAACCUACGGUGGCCAUGCCGGCGAAGUGAUGGACGCCGCUGGAAGCUGCGACAGCAGCUUCAUCGUAUCGGCCUCGGCAGACAAAAGUGUGAUCUACUGGGAUGUUACGACUGGAUUACCGGUACGUCGUUUGCGAGGUCAUGCAGGAUCUGUGCAAUGUAUUAAAUUUAAUGAAGAAUCCUCGAUAGCUGUUUCCGGAUCAACCGAUAAUACAGUCAUGUGCUGGGAUAUCCGUACGCGGAAAUUGGACCCUAUUCAGACUAUGCGUGAGGCUAAGGAUUGCAUUACUUCCCUUAUCGUAUCUGAGCACAAGAUUAUCAGUAGUUCUAUCGAUGGAUCAAUUCGACAGUACGACCUUAGAAAGGGGGAGCUGACCUGUGACACAAUUGGUAUCCCAAUUACCCAUAUUGUGCAGACCAAAGACGGUCAGUGCAUUUUGGCGGCAUGUUUAGAUAGUACCAUCCGCCUGAUAGACACCGACAGUGGCGAUCUACUGUCUGAAUAUAGAGGGCACAAAACGGAAGACUAUCACAUUGAAUGUGCCGUCAUACAGAGCGAUUCUACUAUUAUUUCUGGUUCAUCGGAAGGUUGUGCAAUCAUGUGGGAUUUACUGGAAGGCACCGAGCUACGAAGGUUGCAAAUGAAAUCCGGUGUUGUCCAUUCGUUAGCCCCACAUCCUACUGGUAGUGACAUUCUUUUUGCGAUCAAAAGGCAUGUUGAGGUAUGGGGAUGUCCAGAGGUAAUGGAAGAAGGGUAA